AUGACCAACACGGCGUCACCAACCCCGUCUGAGUUCCAACCGGCUGAAACAACUCUCGAACAUGCUUACUACGGGCUCUAUGGCCAUUACUGGAAGGCUAGCAGGGAUAUUCCGCCAACCAAGUGGCUUCCAAAGAACAAGAAGCUCUGCGCUUGUGAUGACCAUCAGUCAACCCAAUGGCCAAUGGACCAUGCUGUCAUUACUGUUCCGCCCUGUGCCUACAAGUGUCCCUACUGCCCAAAGUUCGAUACUCUCGGUACCACUGACCCUCAGGUGGUGAAGCUCCGUGGGCAUAUUAAACGUGACCAUCUGAAGAAAAAUCCACAUGAAUUCCCUGGGCUCACUGUCACUCCGGGCAGAGUAACGAAAGCCCGCGCGCCGUGA